AUGUGCGUCCUGAAAAACGAGUUCAACUCUUCCCUGCCGUUAUUUGAGCUCAAUCACUCAUAUAGCUUAGGUAUGGCUCACAACUGCGUGGGGAACUGUGCGCCGUUAUUUUUCCUAGCCAUCGCUUUUGACGUCGGCGGUUUGACAGUUCUUUUAGUUGGUAUUUUCGCCGAUCUAAAAUUGGACGGUCACUUCUACGGUGAUUUCCUAAUCUACACGGGUGCACUUAUCAUCUUCCUCAGUCUGGCUUGGUGGAUUAUGUGGUACACGGGCAACAUAAAGGUUUACUCCGAGGACUUUGAUAAAAGCACCCUGGACAACUUUGCGCUCUGGGCGAGAAAGUUUUCGGAGCGGCUCUCGAAGACCAAGAUCAAAACUCUUGAAGCCGGGGAGAAGUGCAAGUUGAAUGGAAAGGAAUCAGUGAACAGAACGGUUCCUGCUCACGCUCCAUCACGAAUUACGUUUGAACACAGCAGCAGCCUGACGGGACACGACAAUCAUGGAUACGACCGAGGUUUUGACAACCUGCCGACAGAGAAAACGGUCGAGUUGGGGAUACUGAAUAAUUCUGAGGUGUUGCAGAGCAUUGUGGAUGGCAACGUGGUUAGGCUUCUCUGA